AUGGAGUAUCCAACUACAUCUGUACUAAGCGAUACAUAUGAAAACUGUCAAAGAGCACAUUUGAAUACAACAAGUAGAGGAGCAGCGGCUUGUUAUUCGAAGGCAACAUAUUUCAAUUUUGAUUUAAAGCCACAACAACAGCAACAACAAUAUAAAGAAUUGUGUGAUUUUACAACAUUGUCAGCAUCAGCAUCUUUGGCAACAACACCUACGCCUGCCACUACAACAAUUUUAACAACAAUAGCAGCUGCAGCAGCUUCAAGUGCCGCUGCCGCUACAGCAAACAGAAUAUCAUCACCAUCAUUGUCGUCACCAUCAUCAUCAUCUUCGACAUCAUCGUCAUCAUCAUCAACAACAUCAUCAUCAGCGUCAGCAGCAUCGCUGCCAUCAUUAACACCACCCACACCCAUAAGUCCUUCCUCCGAAACAUCACACAGUCCAGAUGGGCAUGCCUCAUCAGUAAGUUCAACAGCAUCAUCCAGUGAUAAUACAACAUCAGAACAUCAACAGACACAUCAAACCCAUCAACAACAAUCAUCACAACAGCAGCAACUACAGCAGCAACAACAACAAUCUCAGCAGCAGCAGCAACCAACUCCACAACAGCAGCAGCAGCAACAACAGCAACAAUCAUCGUCACAACAAUUUGCCAUUGCGGAUUCCAAUUCGAACAGUGCAGUGGCAAAAUCAUUUGUUCCAUGUAAAGUUUGUGGUGACAAAGCAUCCGGUUAUCAUUACGGUGUAACAUCCUGUGAGGGUUGUAAGGGUUUCUUUCGCCGCAGCAUACAGAAACAAAUUGAAUAUCGUUGCUUGAGAGACGGAAAGUGUCUGGUAAUACGUUUGAAUCGUAAUCGCUGUCAAUAUUGUCGUUUUAAGAAAUGUCUAUCAGCUGGUAUGAGUCGAGACUCAACAGAAGAGUACAAAACACGCAAAUCCAUCAAAAGAGCAGCCAGCAACACCAGCAUUAACCAGUUACAACAAACUGCUGCUGCAGCAGCAGCUGCAACAACAACAACUAAAACAUAA